CAAACAGUCAAACGAUUUCUCAAUAUUAAUACAUAAAUAUAACACACUUUUCAUGAACUGAAGAGUCAAUUGUGUCCACAAUUGGUGUCACAAAUGCAGUCCAACCAAGACUUCCGCUCAAGACUUCCUUUACCCAAAUCGGUCUUCAAGUCGGCUAUCGCUCGUCCGUCACUGCAGACAUCGACGGCCCCAUCAGGUGUGCCACCGCUGCGGACCAGCUCUUCAGCGUCGCAGUCAUGUGUGAAACCGACUCUUAAGGUGUUGUCCACCAAUUCGGUUCAGACGGCACUCCGACUGCGACCGCAUCCCUAUCUGUCGUCACACGUGAGGCCGACCUUCAGCUCCAGACACGCUAUGACUGUGAAGAGUAUAGGUCUGGUGCCGGCUGUCAGUCCACAAGUGGUCACUCGACUCGACUUCGACGUCGAGAAUAACAGGGAAUCGCUGUUGAGUUCACCACAAGAUAUGAACCGAUGUUUGACAGACAAGAGGUUGUCGUCCAAAACGAGUCCUGCCGUCGACUGGAACUCAUUGAGCAAAGAAGCGGAAGUGAUAGCUUUGAAGACACAGAUCACUAAAUUAGAGACACUUCUGGACGAAAUGAAACUCAAGAAUUCGCAGAUUUGUAUCGAUUAUGACCUGAAGAUCGAGAAAUUGACGACUGAAUCGGAAAGACAUCAAAACAAAUGUUUGGAUUUCGAGAAACAGAUGAAAGCGUUUGAAUUGAAAUCAGAGGAAUCGAGUGAUCAGUUGCUGAACGCGAGGGAAGAGUUCGGCAGAGAGUAUGAGAAGUACGAGAAGAGGAUCAAUGAGUUGACGAAAACGGUUAUGGAUUUGACGAACCAAUUGAGUGACAAUGAGGUAGCCAUCGAUUCAGUGGAAGCCACACAUCAGUCACAGAUGGUGGCCGUCGAGCAUCAGAUGAAGGCAUUGGAGUCUAAAGUGAUUGAGUUGUCCGAAGAGAAGGAAUUCUUUGUCAAACAUAUCCAACAAUUGGAAUCCGAUGCCAAAGACAGGGAACAGUUGGACGCAGAGCUGAAGAGCGCAAAAGUGAACAUCUGUUUACUGAACGAAGAGCUCAAGUCAUACAAAGAUGGCGUCAAAUUAAGCGAUAUUCUGGAGAAUGAGUUGCAAGAGUUGAGACAAUUGCGCGAACAGAACGUGGAACUGAUUCGAAGUAAUCAAUUGCUAACUGAUGUCCACUCGAAGAAUCUGGUGCUCGAAGAGAAGUUAAUUGCUUUGGAAACCCAAUUAAAUGAACGAAACAAUCGGCUGAAAGGAGUGAUGGAAACAGACUUAGAAGUGAACGAACUUCGGAAGCGAUUGUCUGAAUGGCAAGAGUUGUUGGCCAACGAUUCACCCAUUGAUGUCCACAAACACCUGAGUAAUGUCCAGAACAAUGAAAUCAUACUUCGCUCUGAAUUGGCGUCACUUAAGACACAAUUCGAUGACAUGAUGUCAAAGAGGGAACAAUUAGAGUCUGAUUUGAUGACAACUCGGAAUGAAUUACUCGAACAAAACGAAAGCAUUAAGAAAUUGAACCGAAAGUGUCUUCUAUUCACUAAAGAGAAAGAGAGUUACAAAUCGCUUAUAAACAGCUAUGAACACGACGUGACCCUCGAUUGGAACAAAGUAUCCAAAGACCGCAUCUCCAGUUUGGAGGCUCUGGUCGACGAUUACCGCAAUUUUGUGGAACAAUUGGAGACAGAAAUUAAAGUUUUAAAAAAUGGCGAGGAAUCGGAAGAAUGUCAGCACAGGAUUAAAGAAUUGGAGAACAGUUUCAAUAAAAUUAAAGAGAUGAAAGAGCAUCAGAUUAGCCCCGAGUCUGAGCCCAUGGAUACCAACUGUGCUCCGCCUCGAGAGCCGACGGCUGCCGUCUCCUAUCGUAUCAUACAUUUUAAUCAAAACCCAAUUGCAGUAAACAUUGCGAAACAUAACGAGGAUUUCAAGCGACUCGUGGAGGAGAACCAACGCCUCCAGAAUCGAGUGCUUGUGUUGGAGACGGGAUCCGAUGCGGACGUCACCCAAAAGUGUGACGAAGGCAUCAAAAAUAGCCAGGAAUUGGAGAAACUGCAGAAGAAGUUGGUAUCGGCUGAGAAGAGUCAGCAAAAGAUUAUCGACGCCUUCAAGAGAACGAGUAAAGAGUUCCGUGAAGUCUGCUAUCGUUUGACUGGUUUUCGAAUUGAUUUACUCAAACAAAACACCUACCGAUUGGCGCACAUGUACGCCGACUCACCCGAUGAUGUAUUGAUGUUCGAGUCGGACGGCACCGACCGCACCAUCAAAAUGCUUGAGAAUCAGUACUCGAAUAAACUACAGGAGUCGGUGCAGACCUAUCUGACAGCGCACGACAGCUUCCCGGCAUUCCUGGCCUCUCUCACACUCGAACUCUUCCACAAACAGACUAUCGUUUAAUACAAUCACUUCAUUGACAAACGCAUCGAUUCCUAUGAGACCAGUAUUUGCCAAAUACUGUAUUUAUUAUAUAUAUUCUUCAAUUUGUAAUAAAACUAUGAAAUUGUCACGAAUUAACAUAUUUUUAGAGACAAUUUCGGCCGUUAUUUUAAAAUAUAUUUUCGAUACAAAAG